AUGGCUGACAGCAUUGAGUUCGAUUCCCGCCCUAACCAGAUCUCCAAAGAUAUGCAAGGAUCCAACAAUACCAUUCCACUUUUGCCACAGUGGCGUCUACCAAAGCAUGGGGAGAAUAAGACUGGAAUAGUUACUGGGGAAAGCCAAUUUACUCCUCUUCCAAGUCACGCAAAUUCUGUGGAUAUCACGAAAACACCUGGAUCAGGUGACAUUUUGCAUGAUAACCAUAAGAAGAAAGAUGUUUUCCGACCAUCUGUCCUGGAUAUGGAAACUGGUCGUCGUGACCGCUGGCUUGAUGAAGAAAGGGACACCUAUUCCUCUGUCUGCAAAGAUCGAUGGAGGGAGGGGGAUAAAGAGCCCUAUGACAACCGCAAGAUGGACCGCUGGACCGACUCAUCUGGACGAAAUUAUGGAGAGGCCCGUCGUGGCCCGGGGGAGCGAUGGGCUGAUUCUGGAAAUAGAGAAAGCAGUCAGGACCAACGUAGCAAAUGGAACACUCGCUGGGGGCCCGAUGGAAAACAGACAGACACGGUGCUUGAGAAGUGGGGGGACUCUAACAAGGAAUCUGACAUGCUGCUUGAUAAAGAGCCAUCCCAUCCGCCAUACCAUGGAAAGGAUGAGAAGGAUGUGGACCACUAUCUACCAUGGAGACCUAACACUUCAUACAGCCGAGGCAGAGCGGAGCCUCUGCACCAGGCUUUGACCCCAAACAAACAGGUUUCUUCAUUUGUGCAUGGUCGCGGACGUGGAGAAGAUCCUGCUCCAACAUUUUCACUCGGUAGGGGAAGGAUUAGCUCUGGAGGGAACUCUGUCACCAAUAUUUAUAUUCCUCCCCAACCAGUUGGAUCUUUUUCAGAAAAGGUUGAAAGUGGCCUUGAAGAGCAUACUCCAUUAAGAUAUAGCCGGACAAAAUUGCUUAAUGUGUACAGGAUAACUGAUAUGAGAUCCUUUGCAAAGCUUUUAGAUGAAAUUGAUAGAGUACCUUGCCUCUGUCUGGAAGAACCUUUAGAGCCUCUAGCUUUCUGCUCCCCCACUCCUGAAGAAUUGGUUAUCUUUAAGGGAAUUGAUAAAGGAGAAAUCAUAAGUAGUGGCACUCCACAGAUCACUAAAGAAGGAUCUGUUGGUCGAACGCCAACGGAUUCUUUGCAGUCAAAAGGAAGCAGGCUUGGCAGUAGAAAUGAUUUGCCACUUGCUCUUGAUAAUCCUAGAAGUGAAACCAUGGACAAUGUUGAAGGUGGUUAUUCAAAUUAUUCAGAAAGCUUGUCCCACGAGAAACAUAUUUAUGCUUGGCCAAAUGCUAAAGUGGAGCAGGAUUAUCAGGCAUUUUCCGAUCGCAAGUUGAAUCCUGAAGCUUUGAAAGAAGGCAACGCUUCUUAUGGGAAGAACGAGGACGAGACCUCAAGUAGAAAGUCAAGCGUGCCAGGAAAUUCUUCAAUGCUUCAUGUGGGUGCUUGGAGAUCUUCAUCUUUCUCAGAGCAUUCCAAGUCAACUAUUCAUAAUUGGAGAGAUACAUCUAUAGAUGUGCAGAAGGAUUUGACCAGUGUGUGGGAGAACAAUUUGGCAGAUUCAACAAAUGCCAAAAGAGAAGGAUCCAAAUGGCAGAUAGGUGAUGACUCUAUCAUGAGAAGUCAACCAUCUGCAGUGUUUGACAGGGAGCUCGAAUCAUGCAAGAAUUCUCAGCCAUCUCCAGAGGACCUAGUUCUUUACUAUAAGGACCCACAAGGUGAAAUUCAAGGUCCAUUUGCUGGGAGCGAUAUAAUUGGAUGGUUUGAGGCUGGUUAUUUUGGCAUAGAGUUGCAAGUUCGCUUGGUCAGUGCACCGGCUGACUCGCCAUUCUAUCUACUUGGGGAUGUGAUGCCCCACUUGCGCGCCAAAGCUCGACCACCUCCUGGAUUUAGUACAUCUAAGCCUAAUGAAACUCAAGGUGCAUCUGGUAGGUUGAACAACAACAGCCUUGGAAAGCUUAACUCAGCUUCAAGCGAGGCUGAUAUGAUGAGGAAUGAGCCAAGAUAUAUGCCUGGUCCGAUACCGGAGGCUGAGAACAGGUUUUUGGAGUCACUGAUGUCCGGCAGUACGAGUAGUGCCUCAGUUGAGAUGUUUUCUCCCUCAGAAGGUAUGCAGGGAUACAUGGGGAUUAAUUCAAGUGCAUUACAUCCUGUAGGAGCAGGCAGUGGGGAUGAUCCAUAUCUGUUGGCCAAAAAGAUGACACUGGAGAGGCAGAGGUCUCUGACUAAUCCUUAUUCAUAUUGGCCUGGACAAGAUGCAGCUUCCCGUUCGGCAAAGACAGAUGUUGUAAAAGACUCCUUGCUGGCACACUCAAAUCUUAACUCGUCAAUUUCAGAGAAUGCUCGCGCACAGCAUAAUUCUCAGAAUGCGGACCUAAUGUCUAUCCUUCAAGGCUUUCCAGACAGAUCAACAAAUAAUGUCAAAAAUGAAACUGGUGGUUGGUUGAAUUAUCCAGUUCAGGGGGGUUUGGACCAACUUCAGGAUAAGUUGGACACACAUCCUGGUCAGAAUUUUCCUCCCCAAGCUGGAUUGGGAAUACAACAGCAAAGUCUACAGUGUCAGAAUUCAUUGUUGACUAAUAUAUUAGCUCAAUCUGUUAAUAAUUCUUCCAGCACGUUAACCCCAGAAAAGCUAAUCUCUUCCGGUCUCUCUCAAGAGCCACAAAUGUUAAGUUUGUUGCAACAGCAGUAUUUGUUGCAGCCGCACUCCCAGGCCCCAGUUGCAUCACAACAGCUGUCGCUUUUGGACAAACUGUUGUUGCUUAAGCAGCAACAAAAACAGGAGGAACAGGAACAGCUCGUGCGCCAGCAGCAACAAUUGCUUUCACAUGUGCUCUCAGAGCAUCAUCCCUACCAAAGGCUUGGCGAGUCACCGUUUGUGCAAUUGCAAACUUCGGGUCUGGUUUCUGGAAAUGCUUCUAGGGAUCAUGCUCAGUUUCAGCAAUCUCAUGAAUUUUUUCGGACUGGUUCUCAGAUUGUUCCCACUCCAAAUUUGCAAGAAAGUGCUUCUAAUAUCAUUUUACCUUCUAGUGUUUCCCAGGAUAAUAGCUCUAAUGUUGGUUCUGAAUCCCCUUCAAUGCAUCUGCCUCAUCAAAUUUUUGGGAAUACUGUCCAUCAAAGGAACUUGGAUGCCCCUCUGCCUGAACAAGUUGAUAACAUGCAGCAGAAGGGUUUUCCGAUUACAACAGCUGUGAUGGAUACUUUUCCCCGGUCAGAAAUGGAAAACAGAUAUCCAUCCGAACAGAAAUCACAUAAUGAUGAACCCAUCAAAGUUGCUUCAUCUGCUGAUGCUCCAAGUUUUCCACCUGGGGAAGAUUUAGGAAACUCAGCUGCACUGCAAUUGGUAGGAGGUUGUGAUAACGAGUUGGUGGUUCCCGAAAGGGCAAAUGCAGUUGUAGCACCCCCAAGCACAGUAUCAGAACCCCAAGAUGUAGGAGAGAAUCACAAUGAUGAUUUCCUUGGGGUGAAGGAAGUGAGAAAUGCCGAAACACAGGAGGUGAAAAAAUCAUCUGCCAAGAAGUCAAAGAAGCAGAAGGCUUCAAAGGCACAAUCCUCUGACUCGGCAAAGGGAGUCUCUAAGACGCAAAAGGCAGAAUCAUCAGAAUUUGAGGGGACAAAUAUUUAUAAUGAGACACCUGAGAUGCAAACUGUUCAAGGAAAUAGGAAAACUGAUAAAGUUACUUCUGAUGGUAUUGAUUCUUUGUUGGGCCAAAACUCAUUGCCUGUACAUGGGUUUACAGAUGAUGGUGAGGCUACCAAGAAUAGGGGUCAGCCAGGACAAGUCGUAUCGCAGUUCAAUACACAAGCAAAUUCUGGACAAAGUGCCUGGAAGCAUACUCCUGGUUUCAAGCCAAAAUCAUUAUCAGAAAUUCAACGGGAAGAGCAGAGGAGAGCACAAGAAGAAAUGGCAGUUUCUGAAAUCUCAACAUCUCUGAGCUCCAUGAGUGUCUCUACUCCUUGGGCUGGGAUUGUAGCGAAUUCAGAUCCCAAGGCACUUGGUGCAACAAUACAAGAUUCUGCCGCCACUGAGGUAAUUUUGGGAAAAUCUGAGAGUUCCUCAAACCAGAAGAGCCAAUUGCAUGAUCUAUUUUGGGAAACUAAUGUGACCAAGUCAAGUGGAAAUGAAAUGCAGAUUUCUGAUGCUGCAUCUAGUCUACCUCCUGCAUCUCUUAUGUAUUCUCAAAUUGAUUCAGUGGAUGAUGAUAACUUUAUUGAGGCUAAGGAUACUAAAAAGAGUCGUAAAAAGUCUGCUAAAGCCAAGGGUGCGGGAGCUAAAGUCUCGGUGCCUGUUGCUUCACCUGAUUUGUCUGUUGGAUCAAAUUUCAUUGAAAAAGGCAAUCGUUCUCAUCAGCUACCGCAGAAGGAAAUAUUACCUGCAGUUCCCUCUGGCCCUUCCUUGGGAGAUUUUGUUAUGUGGAAGGGGGAGUCCACAAAUCCAUCCCCUGCUCCUGCCUGGUCCACUGACUCUGUGAAGAUCCAGAAGCCAACAUCAUUGAGGGACAUCCUUAAGGAACAGCAGAGAAAAGUUUCUUCUGCAUCUCAGGGAACUCCAAUGCCAACACCUCAGAAACCUGCUAUCAAUCAACCUCCCCGUGGAGUUGGUCCUUCUUCAUCGUCUUCUGCCAAAGCUGCAUCCUCUAUCCAAAUCAACUUGCCAGCUUCUUCUCGCUCAAAACAUGAAGUUGAUAAUGAUCUUUUCUGGGGGCCAUUAGAGCAACCUAACCAUGAGGCAAAGCAGUCAGAUUUUCCUCAACUUGGAAGCCAAGGCAGUUGGGGAAGCAAAAGUACCCCAAUCAAAGUAUCUACUGGAAGGUCAUUGAAUCGACAGAAGUCCAAUGGUGGCAGGCCUGGAGGGUAUUCACUUUCAUCAUCACCUGCCUCUGCUCAGCCAUCCUUGAGAGGGAAAACGGACUCCUUGACUAAGCAUUCAGAGGCAAUGGACUUUAAGGAAUGGUGUGAGAGCGAGUGCUUCAGACUCAUUGGAUCGAAAGAUACAAGUGUCUUGGAAUUUUGUAUAAAGCAAUCAAGGGCGGAAGCUGAAAUUCUUCUAAUAGAGAACCUCGGCUCUUUUGAUCCCAACCGUGAGUUCAUUGAUAAGUUUCUAAAUUACAAAGAUUUUCUUCCUAUGGAUGUUAUUGAUAUCGCCUUCAAAACACGGAAUGAUCGAAAAGCCACUGCCUCCGGUGUGGGAGAUAUGACUUCCGACUAUGUGGGCGUUGGGGGCUCCAAUCAAGGUGGUUUGGAUGCUACUGAUGGGGCCCCAAAAGGAGGCAAAAAGAAGGGGAAGAAAGGGAAGAAGGUAAGCCCAUCAGUGCUUGGAUUCAACAUCGUUAGCAAUCGAAUGAUGAUGGGGGAAAUUCAGACAAUUGAUGAUUAG